AGUAUUGCAGAACUUCAGCUUCUCAAAACGCCAACUCUUUCGUUUCGAGGAAGCAUUGCAGACCGAGGAUUCUUCGUUUCAAGAUAUAUUCUGCCCUCGAGCUUGUCCUCGUCCAUUGAACUGAAUUACAACACUUCACGCAAUGGCUUCGAAAUACCUUCAGCAGUCUGUCCGAGCAAUCCUCGUGCUCUCCCUUCUUUCCCUCUGCAGUGCUGGCAAGAGCCUCACUCCAGCAUCAGCUCUUCCUGGCACGUGGUCUUAUCAAGGAUGCUGGGUUGAUAUCCCUGGACGCACCUUGAGCGGUGCUAGCUUCUCUAACUCUUCUAUGACCGAUGAAUUAUGUGUCAACUACUGUAAUGACAAUCAAUACAUUUACGCUGGCACUGAAUAUACUUCUCAAUGCUUCUGUGGUCCCACUAUUGCUUCCUCUGCUACUCAAGUCAAUUCAACAACCGACUGCAAUAUGCCCUGUGCGGGUUCUUCAUCUGAGCCAUGUGGUGGCAUUAAUCGACUGUCCUUGUUCUGGAGCGGAGAUUCUCCGCCUUCUACCAAUCCAGGACCUGGUCCAUGGUCAUUGGUAGGAUGUUACACUGAGGGAGUAACAGGACGCACUCUUCCUAACCAAGUGACCACUCCUGGCGGUCCCGCAUCUUUGACAGUAGCUCUCUGUACCACUGCAUGCCAAGCUGCCGGUUAUGUUCUCGCAGGUGUCGAGUAUUCUCAGCAAUGCUGGUGUGGAGAUACUUUCUCAAAUGGUGGAGUACCAGCUCCAGAAGGUUUAAGUGGAUGUGAUAUGCUCUGUAGCGGCAAUCUCUCCGAAUACUGCGGGGGCCCAAAUAGACUCGGCGUCUAUGAUCUGAACAAUGCCAUCGCUACAAUUACCACGACCACCGUCUCGCCAACAGCUACUGCCGCAGCCAUCAAGCCCACCAUCUCCCCCUACACUUACUACGGGUGCCAGACCGAGGCAACUGGUGUUAGAGCACUAAGCGCCAAUACAACUGCCAGUGAUUCGAUGACCUUGGAGAUGUGUGAAGAGUUCUGCUAUCCGUAUAGCUACUUUGGCGUGGAAUACGGACGCGAGUGUUAUUGUGGCAACAGGUUCAAUGCUGGCUCUAACGCUACAAUCGACAGCGAGUGUUCUUUCCGCUGCCCUGGAAAUACAUUGGAGUUCUGCGGCGCUGGCAAUCUUCUCUCUUGCUACCAGCUUCAAUGAAGAGAAUAGCACUACAGAUCUGGAAGUCUGGUGCGUCCCGGACUAUUGCUGACUGUCAUGGCUAUUCAGAGAAUUCAUUUCACGGGUGUAUGUUUCGGUGGUUACUGCUUGCUUCUAAUAUUCUAUUGUAAUCAGUUAUGGCUAGAUGCUUAGCUUCAAUCAAAUGCUUUUAGAUCCGGAUCAACCUCUUUGCCUCCUUGCCGAACUUCCACUCCCUCAAUAUCACUCGCUUCUCUCAAUCCCAUCUUCUCCGCCUCAGCUGGCGUAAAUGUUCCGAAGUAGUCGACCUCGUCCAUCUCAUCCAAGCCUCUUGGGGG